AUGGCUGCUGAACCUGCUAGGAACGCCGAUACUGCUAUAACGGGGACGCCGAGCGAAGCGCCAAAGCUCCCGCGCAAGCGCUUCGUCGGACGCUCCUCGACCGCCUCUCCUCGCCCCUCGACCUCUUCGGCGACGCCUGUCGUCGCUGCGUCCGUCCUGCAGCAGCAGCAGGAGGUCGACCCACUUCUUCAAGCAGCGAUCAAGCACCUCCUCCCCUCCAACUACAACUUCGAGAUCCCCAAGUCGGUCGCCCAGAUCCGCAAGAAUGGAGCGAAACGGGUUGCGCUGCAGAUGCCAGAGGGUCUCGCCAUGUAUGGAUGUGCCCUCGUCGACAUCAUCGAGCGCUUCGCCGAGUGCGAGUGCGUCAUUAUGGGCGACGUGACCUACGGCGCGUGCUGCAUCGACGACUACACCGCUCGCGCUCUCGGUUGCGACAUGAUGAUCCACUACGGCCACUCUUGCUUAGUCCCGGUCGACACGACGACGAUCAAGACCCUUUACGUCUUUGUCGAGAUCUCCGUCGACCGUCCUCACCUCGCAGCGACCGUCCGCCUCAACUUCCCGCACUGCAUCCCGUCUCGCUCGCUCCCCGAUUCUGGAUCAGCCAAGGGCAAAGGCCCGGAACUGGAGAUUGCGAUCGAGGCACCCUCCUCGUCCGGCUGUUCGGCCGCAGAUUGCGGGUCAUGCGGCUGCGCGAAGAGCUCGUCCGCUCCCGCACCACCUGCGACGAACGAGAAGAAGGCGGACGGCGUGACGAAGCUGGCUGUGGUCGGCACGAUUCAGUUCGUCGCUGCUGUGCAGGGUCUCAAGGCGGACCUUGAGGCGGAGGAGGCGGCGCAGGUGGAACGGCUGGCGAUUGAGGCGGCGCCCUCAUCGGACGAUGAAGCAAAGGCGGCGCAGGCUGAGCAGCCGAAGAAGGACCGGUUUGAGAUCGUUGUGCCGCAGGUCAAGCCGCUCAGUCCUGGCGAGAUUCUCGGUUGCACGGCGCCGCGGCUGGCAAGCGAUAUCGAUGCUCUGCUCUACGUCGGAGACGGCCGCUUCCACCUCGAGUCGAUCAUGAUUGCCAACCCUACCGUCCCGGCCUUCCGCUACGACCCGUACACGAAGCGACUUACCCGCGAGCUGUAUGACCACGAGGAGAUGAGGCGGGUGCGCGGACAGGCGGUCGCGCAAGCAAGGGAGAGUCUGGUGGAGAACGGGAAGCAGCAGGCGGAGGACGAAAAGGAGGCUUGGGCAGUUGUGCUGGGCACGCUUGGUCGGCAAGGGAACCUGCGAGUGCUGAAGUCGGUCACCCGGCAUCUCGAAGGCCCCCCCUCUUCCGCCUCGACCGCCCUCGUUCCCUCCUCUCCUUCUUCACUCUCUUCUUCGACGCCGUUCGUCCCCAUCCUCCUCUCCGAACUCUCGCCCGCCAAGCUCUCCCUUUUGCGCGGAGUCUCGACUUUCGUCCAAACCUCCUGUCCUCGACUUUCGAUCGACUGGGGCUACGCCUUCCCCCGCCCGCUCCUCUCGUCGUACGAAGCCUCCGUCGCGCUAGGCGCACAAGGCGCGCGAGGCUGGAAGCACAUGGGUCUUGACGAUGUUCCUGCGCCGCGACGGGCAGAGCUGGAGAAUGGCAGGAAGGGCGACGAGGACUACCCGAUGGACUUUUAUGCGGAUGGGAGCUUGGGCGAGUGGACGCCCAGGUUCGGGAUGGGCGUGCGGAGGGCAGGAGGCGAGAAAGGCCGACCGGUUUCAAGGAGGAAGAGGGAGCAGCAGGCGCCGCCGCAGGCGGUUCCCGUCGCGUAG